AUGUCCCCAGCCAGCAAGGAGAAAGACAUCAGCGAUGAUCCGAGCAAGGAUCCUAUGUGGUUUCUGAUAACCGUGAUUAUGAACACCGAGGCCAAGAAACUCGAAAAGAUUGACUGGGACAGCGUUGCUGAGAAGAUGGACAUAAAGACCAAAGGAGCCGCUAUGAAGCGGUACGAGCGAUUGCUGGGAACCUACGGGCUCACCACUUCCUACCUCGCCAAGCAGGGAGUUCAAUCUCCAGGCCCUGCCCAGGGCAAGGGUGCUGCUACUGGAGGUCCGAGCACACCGUCGAAGAAGUGUACACCCUCGAAGCGCAAGCGCGCAAACCUUGAGAAGGACGACGACGCUGAGAAUGACAAGGCCCCAGCGCCUCUGGAUGACGAGGCCGGUACCGAAUGA